CUCCGCCGUCUCGCCGUCCCCAUCCCCCACGCUGACUUUCCCUUUCUUCGGGCUGCAGCUGCAGCUGGAGAGACUCAGCCAUCACGGUUCCUCAUUUGCCUCUUGGAUGGAAACUUUAGAGUUGGUUUUGAACUUGGCCAGUGAAGCCAGAUGCUCCCUCUUGAGAUCCGGUUCCCUACGUGGCCUUGGGGGAUCUGGUUCUAAUGACCUGGUCUGAUCACCACAGCCACAACAGCAGCAGUCCAGGAGAGGGCUUGGCCUGGUUCAACAGGUGAUUGCUUUGCUGACGCUGCACUCGCUGGGAGAAACUGGCAGGUCCUCCAGCCCAGCAAGGAGAUGUUCCCGGGACAUCUCAUCCAAAGGCACAGGUCUGGCAAAGAUCCAGGCCCAAAACACCGCAUCAGCUUGGGACAGCAUGAGAACACACAAGAUUCAGUUACACCAAUGCAUGAAAAAGACCAGACUGGUUGUUGUAAGUGCCCACCUUCCAUCCUGAGACGGAAACCACCAGAGUGCCCCAUACCAAGCAACAGGAGAAGAGCAGAGAGGCGAGUCCGUUUCCAAGAGCCAGAGGAGACGGCUGUGCAUGACAUCGCCUAUGUGGACACAGUUGUAGCCCCAGGCAGGUGGUCAUCUGGAUGCUCUCUGUUCCUGUGCCUCAGCCUUUGUAUCCUGCUUGGACUAGCCCUGAGUCUCUACUGUGGUCAGGCCAAGCUGGGCUCAAAAGCCCUGGAGGAAUUCCGAGCCUGGCUCCUCCUCUUCCUCCUCCGGGUGAGACACAUGGCUGUGACCUUCUGGAAGUGGUUUGGGAGGCAGUGA